AUGGAAGACACCGCUCCAGUGUUACCAACAUACCUUAGCAAGGUCGUGGAUUUCGGGAAUGGGGAUGCCUAUGAGUUGUUGAAACCUCUGGCAACUUAUCGGUCUUGUCAUGAUGGCACCCCCGCUGAAGCACGAAUGGUCCUGACUUGCCGGCGCUACAAGGGGAGCUCGCUGACAGAGGACGAGUUUGUUAUGAAAAUCAAGAUCCAGAUACCCGGAGGAGAACGACGACCGAGUAACAGCCCAGAGGUCGGGCCCAGUACCACGACUGCACAUGAACUCGAAGCCCUGGAAAAGUUCCGACAUACUAACAGUGCCUUCACACCGGUGCUGGUGAAUUUCAAAAAGGCAGUCCAGCCUGCCGAUGGACCAUUACCCGGGGGAUAUCUCACGUUCCUCGUCAUGACAAAGAUGCCAGGCGACUCGCUCUUUAAUAUGUACUACUGGGGGAUGCCUACCGAGGAGAGAAACGAGAUCUCGCAGGAGUUCCUCGUCGCAAUCAAAUGGAUCUACGCUCAAGGCAUAGAGCCCGUGGACUGUGGGCUGCGGAACAUUCUAUGGGAGCGAGAGACGAAAAGAUGCAGCAUCAUCGACUUCGAACUCUGGCGUGAAACGGAUACGUCGGUGAGUGACGAUACAAAGGAACUGCAGAGAUGGGGGCUCGCUCGCCAGCCGACUGCCAAAAACCACUGGGAAGCUUGGAAUCAGAUGUUUCGGGCUCUGAUCUUUUGCCAAGGUCCAAGCCUGGCUUAUGACCGAGUCGUGUGCCCUGGGACUCCGCUGGGUGGUGGUGGGAUGGAUCCCGGCGUCGACUUCGAGGCCGAGCGCCUUGCGAACCUGCGAGAGAAGCAAAAACUGCUCGAGUCACUCAACCUGCUCACCUCGAAUGCGAGAAGGACGGGAGAGAAGCGUGGAGGGCCGGUCAAGAAGCCGUCCGCAAAGAGGCGGAGAAGGGACGCCAGUCCCAGCCCUCCCCUGAAGCCCCGCCCUUCAAGGACAUCUGCCCGAAUCGCUGCGGCGGGAGGGCGUGUAUCUUACUCCGAGGAAACAAAGGACACUGUCGAUAUAGACAGCACGGCCGUGGACGGCUCAUCACGACGACGAACGAGGAACAGAAGCAAUCGCAAGGUUCAAACCUCUGACCACCAUUCCCCUCGAAAACCUAGCCAACCCGAACCCAAGUCUUCACUCUCAAAGUCCCUCACACCCCCUCUCCCCACCAAUCUACCCUCUCUGAUAGAGUACUACAACUCAUGGACACCUUCGGCGCCCCCACCCACCGAGGACCCAGAAACACACAGCUACGUGUUCGCGUCACACCCGGCGUUCCGACCCAACAAGUCACCGCUGGCGAUCCUGCAGGAGGGCGCGUUCGGGGGCAGUUUCUUCGCGCCGUGGCGCAGCCGCACACUGGCGGGGGUGACACUGGUCGACGACUACCUGGCCACGCUGCCGGCGGCGUGGCGCGCGCAGCUGCUCCCGCCCGAGAAGUACCUCACGGCGCCGCGCUACGACGCCGCGCUCAACCGCCACGGCCGCGCCUGCGGCCAGACGCUGGCCCAGUGGGAGGACGCCGGCUGGAUCGACUUCCGCCACGACCCGCGCGGCUGGUUCGAGUGGUACAUCCGCUUCUGGCUCGGACGGCGCCUCGACGACGGCGAGGACGAGAGGCAGGUGGGCCGUUGGUUAAGGUGCGUCGGCCCCCGGGGCCGGUGGAAGAGGAUGUUGUUGAAAAAGUAUGUCGAGAUGGGGGUGCGGAGUGUCUUUGAUGAUGGUGACGAUGAUGACGACGGUGACGGUGACGACCAACACGAGCGGCAAGUCAGUCCUGUCAUGCACCAGACCUGUCUGCAGUGGGGGUAUCAGGUCACGCAAGAGGAUUUGGACGAGGCGUGGCGGGAGGUGAGAGGAGGAGGACGGGGAAGAGAAAGCUAG